AUGCUUCGGAAAGGCUAUCGAGAGCUCAUGGUGCUGGGGUUACUGAGUCUCGGUCUCAAACUCCUGAAAGAAGUACCGGGUAUCAACGCCUACAGCAAGACCAUGCUGGCCUUCCAGGUCGCCGACUUGACGAUCUUCAUCCUGGCCCUAGCUCUGAUCCCGCAAGCUACAGUCGUCUUCUUGCAGCUCCGCAAGCACAACAUUGAAGCCGAUCGAAUUGAGCUCAUCACGGCACAAGAUCUGAUCAAUGCUAUCACGCCUCCAGCUGGCACGCCUCGCUCGCUGGGCAGCCCAAGCUCCAGCCCAGUCGUCGUUCCAAUGGUCAGCUGCUGGUCGAGCAAACUGACAAAGGGGUCGACCGCGUUGUCGAGCGUCUGUUUCACACUGUUUUACGGCGCUUUGGACUGCCGCAGCUCUUCCCUUCUCCAAGUACCUUCGUCGAGCCUGCCAACCAGAUCUCGCAUGAUUGAAGUCGAGCCAUCCAUGUGGGUGCUCUUGCUGGCAGUGGCCUGGAUGAUCUGUGGCUUUCUUCGAUGCACUCGAGGAACUGGACGUGGAUCUUCCUGGAAAGCAAUGAACUAG